AUGUAUCUCACCGAGAUAUCACCGGUGAAUUUGCGUGGUUCACUGGGUAGCGUUGCACAACUCUUGGUUACCAUCGGGAUUUUGUUCUCACAGGUCAUUGGUCUUCCUCAGCUUCUUGGAUCGGUGAAGCUCUGGCCAAUGAUUUUUGCAUUUACCGCGGUACCGGCGGUGUUCCAGUUAGCCACGUUGCCGAUGAUUCCGGAAUCGCCCAAGUACAACCUCAUUGUGAAGAACCGCGCCGAGAAAGCCGAAGAAGAUCUGAAAAAGCUGCGAGGAAAGGAGGACGUAUGUUAUUUCCAGUCCAGAAAAAUACACCGGAAACUGAUGUUCGCUGUGCUGUUCGAGUAA